AUGCAAAGACAUGUUUCGUGGUGUGUUACUGUUGAAAAACAAAUCAAGGUAAAGAUCACAGAAACAGAACAAAGGGAAGAGCAAAGAAGGAAACAACAGGGAGAAAGUAAAAAUUUUAAACUGCUUCAUCAGCUUUUGUCAGCAGACUUAAAUUCAGAUGUUAUUGACAAUGUGAAUGUAGAAUCUCUUACACGCCUUUCAGUUAGACAGGUCAGGUGGCUGACAAAAAUGGCAAAGAAUGGUCACUUGAUAGUAAGAGCCAUUACAACAGCACAAGACUAUCAAGAAGGUUUUAUGGAAGAAAGUGAGGAAGAACUGGAUACAGAUGAAAGUCUCUCUGGGGAAGAUAGUGACAGUUUGACAGAGAAUGAGGAGCGUGGUGACUAA